AUGAUUCCCGUUUCCAGACUAUUUACAGUGCAGGUAAUCAAUAAUUUCGCGCCCGAAAGUGUGCUAAACCGGCCAGAAAUUGAUGCAGGAUCCGUCGAACGCGCUGCUUUCGUACACCCAAAAAGGAAUUGACUUUUUCGAAAAAAUGGGUCAAUUUUCAAAGGAGCGAGCCGCGAUUGAAGAGGACUACUCUACAAAACUAAAGUAAACUUCGAAAAUUUUCAAAAUUUUGCAUGUUGCUUGAAAAUUUCCAGAAAUCUUGCUCGAAAAUACGCAAAGAAAUCAGAGGAGGAGGAUGAGAUUCUGAAGAACGUCUCCUACGUGAACGCCUUCAAUUUGUACUUGCAGCAACUCGAUCAGAUUGCCGCAAAACAUCAUGUAAUUCGAAAAUUUUGCCCGAUUUGAAAUUUUUGAAUAUUUAGAGCACCGCCGAGAGUCUCCGAGAAGACGUGAACACGUACGUCUCGUCGAAGACGUGUCAGUUGCGGAGCUCGCGGAAAAAUGCGAUAGGCGACCUGAAAACGAUAAACGAGCGGCUCGAGGAGCACAUUAACGAAAUGUGCAAGUCUGGGAAGGCUUAUGUGUAAUUCGAACGAAAAAUUUUAAAAACUCCCUGGGAAAUUGCAGAAAAUCGUUCAAAGAAGCCGAAAGCGCGUACCAAAAGUUCUACAAAGCCGAUAAAAACCUGGAAAUUUCGAGAUUAGAGCUCGAGAAGGCCAGAACUCAUGCAAACGUACCAAUUUUCCACAUUUUAAUCAGAUUCCAGAGCAUUUUCAGACGCGAACCGAGGCGUGCGAAAAGACAAAGAGUGAAUACUCGCAGUCGGUGACGUCGGCGAAUUCGGAGCAGAAAAAGUAUCACGAAGAGCUGCUACCCGUGCUCUUCUCGCGACUGAAAGCGGUCGACAAAGAAUGCAUCGCAGAUAUGAGCCAAGUGCUCCAAAAGAUGCUCACCGUCGACGAAAUGCAGGCGGAGAGCAUUGGUGAACUUUCGCUUCGAGACCCUAAAUCUUGAUAUUUGAAUUUUAGCGAAUUGCCGGCUCACAAUGCAGACGAUUGUGGAUCGAAUCGACCCGGAAGGCGAUGCGCAGCAAGUUCUCGAGUCUGUCGAGUAGGAUUUUCAGAUUUUCAGCGUUUUUCUGUUGUUGAUUUUAUUAUUGAAUUAGAGCGAAUUUACUUUACGGACUUCGUUCAAAAUUUUCAAAAUUUUCAAAAUUUUCAUUCAGGGCAACAAUCGAAAAGCCGUUUCCGUUCGAACUGGAAGACUUGGGAGACCCGAAGGACUGCGAAAGCCGUGCGAAUGGUCAGAAAACAGGCUCCCGACACGAAAAUCACAAAAAUCCAUUCAGAAUCGAUAGAAUCGAAGCCACGCGUCGAGAUAGCCGCCUCCUCGUAUCACAUACUCAAAAGUCCGAGCAAAAAGCGAAUAAUUCGCAAUUUGCUCGGCAUGAAAGAAAAGGAAAACGACGCGAAAAAGGCGGAAUCGACAAAGGAACCGUACACGGACAAGGACAAGCCGCCGCACGUGCGUCUCUCGUGCCUCCGCUCGAAAAUCCGCGGAAUGGAGAAGCAGUUGGAACAGGCGGUGCAGGGCAGAGAGGGACUCACCAGGUACCGAGGGACCACAAGGAAAAGGGUCGAAAAGAACGAGUUUCAGACUGCAGAAGGCGUACUACGAGAAUCCGCAGCACGGAAAUCCGUCGGCGUGCACCGGCGAGCUGAUAGUUUACGCGAAGAAAAUCGAGACGUUGAACACGAACAUUCAGAAUUUGAAAGAGUUUUACACACUUCUCGAGAUGAGCGUCGAUGGUGCGGGCUUCCGAUUUUCUGAUUUUCUCAAUAGAAUUUUUCAAUUCCCGAGAUAUACUGAUUUGAGACCGAGAAGGCCGAGUUCUUGCGAAAAUCCAGUUUUUCUUUAAAUCGGUAUAUCUCGGAACUAGAUUCUUUUGAAAAAUUCUGACUUUUCACAAACAUUUCAUUGAUUUGCAGGAACUCCCGAACGUUCGUUCGGCGGAAGAGACACUCCGGACACGACUCGCAGCUUCUCGGGCGGCUCGGCCAAUCUUUCCUCUUCCAAAACGCUCGAUGACAAUGUACUUUUACUUUUUCUCUCCAUUUUCCCCCAAAAUCGUUCGAUUUUCAGUCGGGAGAUCCGUCGAGCAGCUGCACAUCCACCCUAGCCGCCACAUCGAGUUUCGGAGAGGAAACUGCGAAGAAAAUGGUAGGAUUCCCUUUCACUGGGACUAAUAUCAUCAAUCUCUGCAGCUCCGUCACUUCCUCAACUCGCCAAAACGACUCAUUUCGUCGCCGAAAAGCGCGAAGAGCCCGAGUGUUUCGGGAAUGAGCACGCCGACGCGCCGAAAGAAGGACAUCUCGUCGCCGGUGCUCAGGAGCUCGUUUUCCGGAGCCAUUCGCAAAAUGUCGGCGCCGUCUGUCGAGAUCACGUCCUCUCCGCCAACCUCCUCCGACGCACCGAUCAUCUCCGCCGUCGCCGCGUUCGAAUUCGAAAAAACGACGCCGGAGACGAUGUCGAUAAGUGUCGGCGACGAGCUGAUCACGCUGGAACCGGACACGGGCGACGGAUGGACAAGGGCCAAGAAGAUUAAGAAUCAAGAAGUGGGAUUCGUGCCCACCGCCUACCUCCAAUUCACCGCCGACGCGCCCGCAUCCGCUUCUCUUUGA